AUGCAGGCUCCUAUGCCCGACCGGCCUCCUCCGCAGAUAGAAAAAUUUGAUGGAACAACCGACCCAGAACAUCACCUCCGAAGCUUCCUGGAUUCAAUGGCCUUUUAUUCCAGUGACGAUCCGGUCAAAUGCCGAGCGUUUUCCCUAUCCCUGAAGGGGGAAGCUCUUGAAUGGUACUAUGCUCUCCCUCCUAACUCCAUUGAUAGUUUCCGUACGUUUGCCGGACUGUUGAAGAGGCAAUACGUAUCUAACCGAAAAGAGGCAACUACAGCAGCCGAACUCGUCAAUCUCAGACAGGAGAAAGACGAGCCACUUAGAAAAUUCAUGCACCGAUACACUGAAGUAGCAAGAAGAGUAAAAGGGGUAAGUCAUGAGUUUAUCAUCACUAAUUUACCUAACUGCCUGAAGCCGGGUUACGUCUCAGAGUCACUGUACGCCAAGUUGCCUAAAACCAUGGAGGAGCUGCAAGAAAAAAUGAAUAAAUUUAUUAAGAUGGAGGACCAGCGGCAUUUUCGCCGGAAAACGGACGCUGCCACGGCCGAGACAAAACAGGAGGGGGGACGAUCACGGGAUAAGAACCGUAAUCACAAACCGCCGCAAAAACCCGCCCCUACUCCUUACAAUCCUCAAUACAACAGGUAUGCCCCUCUCACGGCCUCGAGGGAGAAGGUAUUCGAGAAAGCCCUACAGGCCAAUCUAAUUGCCGCCGCCAGACGGGGAACUCCGGAUGCCGCGGACGGAGCCAAGGUUUGCAGAUAUCACGACAACCAGGGGCACACCACAAAAGAAUGCCGGGCCCUCAAAGACAGAAUUGAAAAGUUGAUUCGGGAGGGACAUUUGCAGGAAUUUGUCCGAGCAGACGUACGUCGGCGAGACCGAUCGCCUAAGGAGACCAGAAGAAGUCCCGAGUAUACCAGAAGAAAUUCUGAGCGUUCUCGUGAUCAACACCGCGAACGCUCUCGUAGUAGACCGCAGAAGCGCGACCCCACUCCGCGGGGACGGAUCGACACCAUAUCGGGCGGUUUUGCGGGAGGAGGGGCCUCGUCCUCAGCCCGCAAAAGACACGCAAGAAGUUUACGAAGUGUUCACAACAUCGCCCGUAACCCUUUAUCGAUGCCGGACAUCAUCUUCACAGACGAAGAUUUUCAUGCUCCCGACCCCGAUCAGGACGAUCCAAUGGUGAUAACAGCUCGUAUAGCAGAGUAUGAUGUAAGUAAAGUUUUGAUAGAUCAAGGCAGCUCCGUCAACAUCCUGUAUUGGACCACCUUCCAAAAGAUGGGACUAUCAGAAGAUAUAAUAGCGCCCUUCGGAGAGCAAAUUGUCGGUUUUGCGGGCGAACGGGUGGAUACUCGAGGAUAUGUAGAUCUCAGAUCCCGGUUGGGAACUGGUGACAGGGCCAAAGAACUCCAUACGCGGUACCUGUUGGUAGAAGCCCACACCUCUUAUAACGCCCUCCUAGGACGGCCGUGUCUCAAUGCCUUCGGUGCCAUAGUUUCCACCCCUCACCUGGCGAUGAAGUUUCCUUCGGAAGAAGGAAAGAUAUGUACCAUACGGGCAGAUCAGAAAAUCGCCCGACAGUGUUAUGUGGCUUCUUUAAAAGACAAGACAUACCGUCGAGAGAAAAGAUCGGAAGCGAUAUUGGUCGAUUUGGAUCCCAGGACCAACACUGAUGAUCGCAUUCAACCCCAAGGGGAAACCAAACAGUUCAUUCUCGGCAAAAACGCCGACCAAACCACCUCCAUCGGCGCCGGCUUGGCGCCAGAGCAAGAGAAGGACCUAACCACAUUGCUAAAGUCAAACAACAAACUUUUUGCAUGGACCGCCUCCGACAUGCCGGGAAUUCACCCCAGCGUGAUCACCCACAAACUGUCAAUAUUUCGCGAAGCCCGUCCGGUAACUCAGAAAAAACGACGAUUAGGCAAUGACAAAAGGGAAGCCGUGCGGAACGAGGUAGACAAACUGGUGAAGGCCAGAUUUGUCCGAGAAAUCCGAUACAACACCUGGCUCGCAAACGUUGUGAUGGUAAAGAAAGCAAACGGUCAGUGGCGAAUGUGUGUUGACUUCACUGAUCUAAAUAAAGCCUGUCCGAAGGAUAACUACCCCCUUCCCAGCAUCGACCGGUUAGUAGACGGUGCUUCGGGACACGCAGUCUUGAGCUUCCUCGACGCCUAUUCCGGGUACAACCAAAUCCCCAUGUACGUCCCGGACCAGGAGAAAACAGCUUUCAUAACGAAGCAUGCCAAUUACUGCUACGAGGUGAUGCCGUUCGGUCUGAAAAAUGUCGGCGCAACGUACCAGCGGCUCAUGGACAAAAUCUUUCGAGAACAAAUCGGGCGGUGUAUGGAAGUCUAUGUAGAUGACAUGGUAGUAAAAAGCUCUUCACACCAGCAACAUUUGAAAGACCUGGCCGAAGUCUUUCAACAACUCGAGCAGUAUGAUCUACGAUUGAACCCUCUAAAGUGCACAUUUGGGGUACAAGCAGGCAAGUUCCUAGGUUUUUUGUUAACCGACCGAGGAAUAGAGGCCAACCCAGAUAAAUGUCGGACGAUUUUGGAGAUGCGAAGCCCAACGAAACUCAAGGAGGUCCAGUGCUUAGUCGGACGCCUUACCGCUUUAUCACGGUUUAUACCGAAGCUCUCCGACCUUAUCAAACCUAUAAUAAAGAAUAUGAGGAAGAAUGUGCCCCGGCACUGGGACGAUCAGUGCGAAGCUGCCUUCUCCACUAUAAAAAAUAUACUAACGUCUCCGCCAGUUAUGGCGCGACCAACAGAAGGCCUCGAUUUGCAGCUAUACUUGGCGGCCUCCAACCAUUCGGUAAGCGCCGCCCUCAUUCAGGAAUCUCCAAUUCUUAAACUAAUCUAUUUUGUUAGCAGAACUUUACAGGGAGCAGAAGAACGAUAUUCCCAGGUAGAGAAAAUAGCUCUCGCUUUAAUCACCGUAGCGAGAAGACUCCGACCGUACUUUCAAAGCCACCAAGUCGUUGUCCGGACGAAUCACCCAAUCGCUAAAAUUCUCCGCAAGCCAGAUCUCGCAGGCCGAAUGGUUGCCUGGUCCAUUGAAUUGUCAGAAUUCGGCCUCCGAUUCGAACCACAAGGUUCCGUCAAGGGUCAGCAUCUGGCCGACUUUGCAGCAGAACUCUCGCCGACAAUCGUACCGCCCACAUGGACUUUAAGCGUGGACGGUUCCUCAGACAGGAAAGGAGGCGGCGCUGGAGUCGUACUCGAAGGACCGAAUGGUCUACUUGUCGAACAAGCCAUAUCCUUCAACUUCCAACUCAGUAAUAAUCAAGCUGAAUACGAAGCCCUAAUCAGCGGGCUACUUCUGGCAAUAGAAUUGGAGAUCGAACGUCUGGAAUGCCGAAUGGACUCACAGUUNGUCGUCGGNCACAUUAACGGCACUUUUCAAGUCAAAGAUAAUCAUCUGUUACGAUAUUAUCAUAANGUUAGUAAUUUGAUUACNUCAUUUGACAGCUUCAGCAUUGCACAUGUACCCCGAGCGCAGAAUUCCCGGGCGGAUCUAUUGUCUAAACUGACGCACAGUCGGGACAAAUCUCAGCUAACCUCGGUGAUCAGAACCGCGUUAGAUAAACCCCUGUUAGAAACGUGCUCCAUUGACCUUACCGCCUCCAAGACUGACUGGCGACACGAAAUCAUACAACUGAUGACUCAACAAGAGCAGGGCGGGUUCGUAAGUGCCUCCGACGCUAAACGAAUCGCCCGCUACACAUUUGUCGGCGACGACCUUUACCGCCGUGGGUAUACUACCCCACUGUUGAAGUGCCUAUCUAGGGAUGAAGGACAAUAUGUUAUUCAAGAAUUGCAUCACGGAAUUUGUGGAACACACUCGGGUAGGAGAUUACUUCGAGCAAAAAUACUACGGGCAGGUUUCUACUGGCCUACCAUUGACAAAGACUGCUCGGAUUUCUGGGGGAUGGACAUAGCGGGUCCCUUACCGGCUGGGAGCGGACAGCGCAAGUAUCUCCUUGUGGCUGUUGACUAUUUCACCAAAUGGAUUGAAGCGGAGGCCCUCGCAACCAUUACCGCCUGGAAAGUGCAGAGCUUCAUUUGGCACUUGAUCUGCAGAUUCGGCAUCCCGCAGAAGCUUAUUACCGAUAACGGUCGGCAAUUCAUAGACCGGACGCUAGAAGAUUUCCUCCGCGGGUUUGGUAUCAAACAUGUUACCAGCUCGGUGGAACAUCCCCAGACUAACAGUCAAGCAGAGGCCGCUAACAAAGUCAUCGUUGCAGAAUUGAAGAAACGACUAGGACAAGCGAAAGGUUUAUGGGUUGAAGAAUUACCUGAAGUAUUAUGGGCCUACCGAUGCACACCGCACGACGCCACUGGAGAGACCCCUUUCAACCUCACGUAUGGGACGGACGCUAUGCUACCGGUCGAAGUAGGAGAACCCUCAUUGAGGCGGAAUAUGCAAGAUAUGACAGUUAAUGAUCAACAGCUGAGGAUAAACCUAGACACCUUGCCCGAACGACGAGAAGCAGCCUUAAUAAAAAAUGCAGCUCAAAAAAGGCUCAUCACUCGGCGUGACAACUCCAAAGUUAAGCCACGCAGCUUUACCGAGGAAGACCUAGUUUGGCGUAAAAGAGGAGACGCCCGGAAAGAUAAGACGCACGGAAAACUCGCCGACAAAUGGGAAGGUCCAUUUCGCAUCUCGAACGACUUGAAGAACGGAGCAUAUCGCCUGGAACGUCUGGACGGAACGAACGUUCCCAACACAUGGAACGCAACUCAUCUUAAAUUUUAUUAUAGUUGA